AUAUUUUUACUUAUACGUACAGAGAUGAAGAAACUUGAAGCUGUAGAAGCAGCUUUAGACUCUGGCGCUGAUAAUGAAGUUCAUGUAGAGGUGAAGAAGAAAAAGAAAAGAAAGAAAAAUAAGACAGAAAAUGGAGAGCUGCCUGAACUAAUCAAAAGUGAUGAUAGAGUGAAAUCAACAAGUGCAGGGGAAAAAGGAGAUGGACAAAAUGAAGGAGAAGAGACUGGUUAUGAAAGUGAAGAAGUAACAGCUGGCUCCAGUACCCUUGGGUUUGAUUCUGCAACAAGUCGAUCUUUUGAAAGUUUGCGUGGCAGAGUGUCAGAUGUAACCUUGAAUGCCAUAGAGAGAAUGGGCUUUAAGAAUAUGACAGAAAUCCAGGCAAAAGCCAUUCCCCCUCUCUUGGAAGGCAAAGAUUUACGUGGAACAGCUAAAACUGGUGCAGGAAAAACUUUAGCUUUUGCAUUGCCAGUUGUUGAGCUCAUGUCAACUUUGCAGUUCAAACCUAGAAAUGGUACUGGAACUAUUAUUAUAUCUCCCACCCGUGAGUUGUCCAUGCAAACGUUCACUGUGUUGACAGAACUUAUGCAGGAGAGAUCUCAGACCUUGGGGCUCAUUAUGGGAGGCGCUGAUCGUAAAGCAGAAGUCGAGAAAUUAGGAAAAGGUAUAAAUGUUCUGGUAGCAACCCCAGGAAGGCUGUUGGAUCAUUUGCAACACACCCCAAAUUUUGUUUUCAAGAAUGUAGUUUGCCUUGUGAUUGAUGAAGCUGAUCGUAUCUUUGAUGUUGGCUUUGAAGAGGAAAUGAAGCAAAUUUUAAGGUUACUCCCAAAACGCAGACAAACUAUGCUUUUCAGUGCAACCAAAGAUAACAAGACAAAUGAACUAGCUAGGUUGGCACUGAACACAGAGCCAUUGGAAGUGGAUGUAGAUUCUGAUAAACUUCAGGCAACAGUAGAAGGCCUGGAACAAGCUUACCUUGUGUGUCCAGCUGAUAAAAGGUUCGUGGUUCUAUAUACGUUUUUGAAAAAGAACCGAAAGAAGAAAGUGAUGGUGUUCUUUAGUUCCUGCAUGGCAGUGAAGUUUUAUUAUGAACUACUGAAUUACAUUGAUGUUCCAGUUUUAUAUAUCCAUGGUAAGCAAAAGCAGACAAAACGCACUACUAAUUUCUACCAGUUUUGUAAUGCUGAGUCUGGUAUAUUAUUGUGCACCGAUGUUGCAGCUCGUGGAUGGGACAUUCCUGCCGUUGAUUGGAUUGUUCAGUAUGAUCCACCAGAUGAUCCCAAGGAAUACAUUCAUCGUGUAGGAAGAACUGCUCGUGCUGGUGGCAGCGGUAAUGCUCUUCUUUUUAUUAGAGAGGAAGAAAUUGGAUUCAUCACUUACCUCAAGGCCCACAAAGUCAAUGUAGAUUGUAUGGACAUUACUUGGAGCAAAGUUGCAAAUAUUCAGCCUCAGCUAGAGAAACUUGUCAGCAAGAAUUACUUCCUCAAUGCAAGUGCCAAAGAGGCCUUUAAAGGGUAUGUUCGAGCUUAUGACUCCCAUCAACAUAAGGAUAUCUUCAACAUUGGGACUCUUGAUUUGAAGAAGACUGCAAAGUGUUUUGGCUUCGAGGUUCCACCCUUCGUGGAUAUUGGAGUCUUCUCAGGAAAGAAAACUGUACGCAGAGGUUAUCGAAACUAUCCAGGCAUGGACAGUAAGAAAAUAAAGCGUACAAAAAUGUACAGGAAAGAAGCUGAGAGAUCUUGAUUUUGUCAACAAUUUCAUAUUCCUAUUAAAUUUUUGAUUUUCAUCCAUUAA